AUGUCAGAACUAUACUGUCCUAUUCCGCCCAGGGAUCAGGACAUCUACCGCUUCCGGCAGCAGUUUGGAGCGAACCUGGGAUCUACCUUUGUACUCGGUCCGCACGAUAAUACUGGCGAGUCAAAUGAAUUACAGUUACUGAAAACGUCAUUAGCAUCCACUGGACUCGAGCAAACAAGACAGAAGUGGCAAUCCCACUGGCACUCUGCAUUGACCGACGAUGACCUCGUCUGGCUCAAGGAUGUAGCGCAAUGCAGAACACUCCGUUUACCAUUGAGCUUCUACUCCCUCGGACCCCUGUUCUGUCGGGGAACAGCCUUUGAAGGGGAUCCAUCAGAGGUGUACCACCAUUGCUGGAGUACUGUGAAGCAUCUAAUCGAAAAAUGUUGGUUUCACGGUAUCGGAAUCCUCAUUGAUUUCCAGGCCAGCGCCAGCGGUAUAAACCUCUGUGCCAGUGCGAAAGAUCGGACAAUAGCUCGGGACUGCGUCGCUUUUCUUGCUCAGGAAAUAACCUUCCAUUCUAUGUCCGCGGUAGUCGGACUUUCAGUAUCCUCCGGAUGUGAACCUGCCCCUGACAUGUGCGAAUGCUACGAUGAGAUCCUUAAGAUAGCCAAUGCCAUUGACGCAUGUUUGCCUGUAUACAUCGACGACAACCAAGCUCAAUGCAACAAACGAGUCUUCAAGGGCUGCGAAAGCGACAUCCCUCAGUUCAAGAGCGACAUCUCAAUCGGUAAAAUCCAAAUACCUAGCCAAAUGAUGCUACCCGAAACAGAGGUCCGAGAGAAGAUCAACAAAGCCAAAGCCGAACGAUCAGGAUUCCAGGAAAAGGUUUUGUCGCAAGUCUCGGAAUCUUGGGGCUCGAACGAACGUCAAAGCUUCGUCCAUGGCUGGAACCUGGGAUACGAUGAUGCGUUGCGCUUCUUUGGCGCUGCUGUUCAGGGCAUCUUGGCUCCGCGAAAAGGUGCAGACAAGAUCUAUGAUAUAGAGUUGUGGGUCCAGCAGCGCAAAAGAGAUAUAGACCCGGAGCAGCUCGGGGAGAAUUCUGCGGCAUGGGAGGAUGGUCUUCGGAGAGGUAUUCAAGAUUUUUACAACAUCAUCGGAAUUUGA